AUGGUUGUUCGUGCAACUAAUGCAGGAACAUCAGCUGUAAUCACAAGAAAAAGAGGCAAAAGUGAAAUCAUGACAAUUCCAGAAAUUAUCGAACGCUAUAGGAAAUUUAUGAGAGGUAUUGAUAUGUUCGACCAAAAUAUGACUUAUUACUCAUACCCUCAUAGAGCAAUCAAAUGAUGGAAAAACUUUUUUUUUAUUUUCUUGAGAUAG